AUGGACGUCAAUGUUUUAUCCGAUGAAGAUAAAGAGUUCUUAGAAAUAUGUGAAGAAGAAUUUAAGGAUAGAUAUACUGAAAAAGACGAGGAGUUCAUGAAAGUCUUCAGCAAAGAACCAUCUACACCACCAAUUUUAGAGAAAUGGUGGUCGCCUUUUAAUUCUGGCCGAAGAAAUGAGCGUCGCCACCAUAGUCAUCCGUAUCAGCGUAGAAAUAGAGAUUAUCAAAGCAGAAAUAACUCGGACCACAGGAGAUAUAAUGACUAUAACAGUUCACAUGGACCUAUUCGCUCGAGGCAUUCUUACUAUUAA